AGUCACACCUCUGUUGACGCGCACCUGCUUUCUCUUGCGAGUAUAAUGUGCUCAAAUCGACCAUCCUGCUGUUUCUGCGAGUACUGACUUACUAGGCGAGCGCUCCGGUCGUUGAAUCCGCGCUGCACUUCCAUCCAAAUCGUGAAACAAAAUUUGCAGGUCAAUCGCAUACGAUAAUGCCUAUUGUUAGAACAGCUUCUUACGCCAUUUAUUGACAUCAUCGCACAAUUCUGCCUGGGGAUAGAUACCAAUAGUGGGACGGUCGUGCCUGUCUUAUUCGAGUACUUUUAUACGGGAUCACGGGGGUGUUUCUUCCUCCGCACUCGUUUCUUUCGAUGACGACCUCUGUGAGUGUCCCGGAGAAGCACACCCCGACAACGGACAGCCUGAUUAGGCCCGUCUCUUUACUGUCUUCUAUUGAAAAAAGAAGUGCUUCUUUGCCCACUGAUCAUGACCUGGUAGAUGAGACGGAGGAACAGUUCUCGUGGACAAAGUCAAUCUUUCGUCGAAAGCAGACGUUCUCUCGUGACCCUGAUGCAAUCGCGACCAGACGCUCUGUUUUUGAUGACCCUGGCCUUGCGCAAUACUAUUGGCCCAAUAAGGACUACGAGAAUCUUCACAGAUUCGAUCCAACCGCUCGUUGGACGUACAGGGAGGAAAGGGCCCUGGUCCGCAAGUUGGAUUGGAGGAUUAUGCUUACAGCAGCUAUAGGAUUUUCCGCCUUGAACUUGGACAGGAGCAAUAUCAGCCAGGCAAACUCGGACAAUUUCUUACAGGAUCUUGAAUUGACUACAGACGACUUCAACCUCGGAAAUACUGUCUUCUUGUUGGCAUUCUUAUGCGCAGAACUACCGUCACAGCUUGUCUCGAAGCGAAUUGGACCGGAUCGCUGGAUACCAGCGCAAAUCUGUCUCUGGAGUUUUGUGUCUCUGUCACAAUUCUGGCUGACUGAUUUUUACACGAAGACGGAGCUACCCAUGCGCCUUGCCCUAUUUUGGAUGACUGAGAACUUCGUCGCCAUCCUCGCUAGUUUUAUAGCCUAUGGCGUGCUUCACAUGGAUGGUGUGGCUGGCAUUGCUGGAUGGCGGUGGCUAUUCAUAAUCGAGGGAAUCCUCACUCUGCUUAUAGGAAUUUUCUGUUUUUUCAACAUGCCCCCAUCUCCAACGCAGACUAAAGCAUGGUUCCGGCCAAAGGGUUGGUUCACGGAAAGAGAAGAAAUCAUUAUGGUCAACCGAGUGCUUCGUGAUGAUCCCACCAAGGGUGACAUGCAUAACCGCGAGGGCCUUACAUUGCGUCGUCUCUGGACAGCAGUGUGUGAUUAUGAUCUUUGGCCAAUUUACAUCCUCGGCCUCAUGUUUGGCAUCCCGAACAGUCCGCCCUCGACGUAUCUCACUUUACUACUUACGAACAUUGGAUUCAAUACAUUUGAUACCAACCUCCUUACGAUACCCUCUCUGGCUAUCGGAAUUAUCACCAUGUUUUGGAUCACGCUUAUCUCAGAGUCUGUCAAUGAACGUACGAUUGUAUCGAUGAUGAUGGACCUCUGGACAUUGCCUUUCCUUGUUGCACUCUAUGCAUUGCCUAGCAACCCUAACCCUUGGAUAUUUUUCACUGUGGCGACUGGUCUAUUGUCAUAUCCUUAUACCCAUCCAAUCCAGGUGGGGUGGUGCUCUCGUAACGCCGGGGCAGUGGCAAGUCGAACAGUCAACGCGUCGUUGUACAACAUGUUCGUGCAAGUCAGCGGAAUCGUAUCCGCACAGAUCUACGUAGCCAGCGAUGCUCCCAGAUAUCAACGCGGCAACAGGACCCUCAUCAUUAUCUGCUGCGUCAACAUAUUUAUUCUGUACCCAGCUACGAAGGCAUAUUACAUCUGGCGCAACCGACAACGAGCUAAGAUUUGGGAUGCGAUGACAACAGAGGAACGUGCCCACUAUCUGAGCACGACCAAGGAUGUUGGGAACAGAAGACUCGAUUUCCGUUUUGCGCAUUGAUGACUUGUUCAAUUAUGUAGAUUGAUCAAUGCGAGCUUGGGGUGCUAAUAGCAAAGCCAUUUUUGUGUGUCAGGAACCACAUUGGUGAAGGCAGUGUGGAAAUCCCCCUCAGACACUGCCCUUUCCCGAAAAAUACGCAGGCCUUUCUAACGAUACGAAAAGAAAAGCCAGAAUGAGUCGAUCAGCACAUCCUUGUGUCCCUGUAUGUGCAAGGCCGCAGGCCCUUCACCACAUACAAUU